UUGCCCAAUGACUUGGCUCUAACAGUUGUCCUCCAUACUGCCAACUACAUGUUGUUCUUCCUGGCCUCUCUCUGAACCACACACUCCAUUUACCGGAAAUAUGAGCAAUUAUUCCCUUUAGUUACCCUCUCUGUCAAAUUUGAAAGCUGCAAACAAAUUUUAACAACACUCUAGGGGUAACAUUGACAGCAGCUGUUUGGGCCGGGGCUCUGAAACAGAAUAAGUGGUUAGAGAUCAGAAGUGUCGUGGUCACCAUGGUGCGUAAUGUGGACGAUCUGGACUUUUGCCUUGCCUCCCACCCCCAGAGCAUCCUGGAGGGGCUACGCUCCCUCUGCUGCAACCCCAAACUAGUGGACGUGACUCUGGAAGCGGGCGGCCGCGACUUCCCCUGUCACCGGGCCGUCCUGGCGCUCUGCAGCGUCUACUUCCACUCCAUGUUCUCCGGGGACUUUGUGGAGAGCAUCGCGGCCCGUGUGGAGCUGCACGGUGUGGAUCCUGACAUAAUGGCUUCCCUUCUAGACUUCUGCUACACAGGGAAACUCACCAUAAACCAGGGAAACGUGGAGGGCCUGAUACGCACGUCCAGUCAGCUACAGUUCCAGGCGGUCCGGACUGUGUGCAGCCGUUAUCUCCAGCACCAGAUCGAUGCCACCAACUGCCUGGGGAUCCUGGAGUUCGGGGAGGUACACGGCUGUCCCGAGGUGGUAGCAAAGGCUUGGGGAUUCCUUCUGGAGAACUUUGAGGCCGUACAGCGCUGGGAGGAGUUUCCUCUGCUGGAGAAGGAGAGGUUAGUGGCGUGUCUGUCCAACGAGAGGCUACAGACCAGGACAGAGUGUACCCGUGUGGAGGCAGCCCUGGCCUGGGUGAGACACCACCAAGAGUCCCGACUCCCCCACCUCCCAGAGCUUCUGGGGCUGACCCGCCUGGCCCUCCUGUCCCCUGACUACCUCACUAACACCCUAAUGAAGGACAGCCUGGUUCUAGCCUCUCUCAGCUGUGUGGAGGUGGUGGAGAGGGUAUGCAGAGAGAAAAUGGACGUGAAGCCAGGAGAUGUGGUCCAGACUGGCAGCCCGAGUCCCCAACCCAACCUGGAGGAGGUGUUAUUCGUGAUGGGAGGACGCUCGCUGGACGACUCAGAUGACGAAGAUGAUGAUGAUGAAGACAGAGACCCCAGGCUGCUGCCCGGAAACUGUGGCUUCUACAACCCUAAGACACAACAGUGGUAUGAGCUGCCAGUCUUCCCCAACCACAACAAGUACGGAUACUCUGUGGUCUCUUUGAAUAAUGACGUUUAUGUCACAGGGGGCUCGAGGGGUUCCCAAUCCAACACCUGGUCGACCACAGAGACCUGGAAGUACAUCACCAGAGAAGGACGGUGGGUGACGGUGGCUCCCAUGCUCCGGCCCCGGACUAACCACACCUCAGCAGCCCUCAGCGGAGAGAUAUACGUCAUCGGAGGCACUACAAUGGACUUUGUAGACAUUGAGCACUAUGACCCAUACAAUGACACCUGGGCCCGAACAUGCCCUGCAGUGAAAUAUGUCACAAACUUCACAGCGACUGCCUGCCAUGGUAAACUAUACGUGAUAGGCUCCUGUGCUGUUAAGUACAACGCCUUGACUCUGCAGUGCUACAAUCCUGUUAUAGAUGGGUGGAGUAUCAUCUGCUCUCCCUUCAUCCCCAAGUACCUGUCCUCUCCUCGCUGUGUCUCAGUGGAGGGGCUCAUCUACCUGAUCGCGGACAACACUAAGAAGGUUUACUGCUAUGACCCACUGGCUAACAUGUGGCAGAAGGUCCAGCUGCUGCACAUGCUCCAUGAGAACGGAGAUCUGGUGGCGUUGGACAGUCAACUCUUUGCAACGGGGGGUCACUGGAAGGGCAUGGAGGGGGACUACGGGGUGGAGGUGGAGGUGUACAACAGAGCUUCUAACAGCUGGAAGGUGGAGUGUUUCCUACCAAGGCUCUGGAUCUACAGUGGGACAUGUUCUGUCUUCCUGGACCCCUCCCAGUGGUCCGACCCAUUCCCCCUCGAUGAAACCUAAAUGGAACGGUCGGGUCCAUGGCAUGCAGCACUUGAAGUGGAAAGAUAGAGGUGCUGGUACUCAUUUUAGGUUCUGAUUUUAACUUAAAAGUACUGGUGUAGUCGACCAGAUUGUAGGGGUGAAUAUUCUAGAUGUGCAGUCAGCACUUAAAGGCCCAGUGCAGUCAAAAACAUGAUGUUCCUGUGUUUUAUGUAUAUGUAUUUCCACACUAUAAGGUUGGAAUAAUACUGUGAAAUUGUGAAAAUGACGACAAUGCCCUUUUAGUGUCAUUGCUCUUUGAAAAGACUCCCUGACAUUUCAGCCUGUUUUGAUUGGAUGGAGUUGUGGUCUGCCUGGUGACAUCAACAGACCGUAAAUUUGUUAAUUGGCCAAUAAGAAAGAAAGUUACAAACCUCUCUGCCAAUUACAGCAAGUUUUCAGAUUUCCACUCCCCACUCAGAACACUCCCGGAGAGUCCUAGCAAAACUAAUUUAUUGAGAAAUUGCUCUUUGCUAUUUAAAAUAAACCAGAGUACUUAAUUGUUACCCAGAAAUGAUUUAAUAUGGAGACCUUUAAUUAAGCAGUAGAUGCAGAUCUAAUUCAAGUACUGAGCCCACGGCACUGAGCCCACGGCACCGAGCCCACGGCACCGAGCCCACGGCCAUGACAGACUGAUCUCAGGGUUAUAGUGCACAGACUAUUGUCAGACUUUUAUGUCCGUAGACUACUGUAUGCAUGUGGAAUGUUGUUCAUCUCUAGAUUAUGGAGGGUUGUCUUGGCUGUCAGUAGCCUAGACUACUGUAUGCAUGUGGAAUGUUGUUCAUCUCUAGAUUAUGGAGGUUGUCUUUAUGCACUCCAAUAGCACGUUACUUGGUCCUCUAUGCUGCCUUGCCCAAUUCUUCUUCCCUUGUUAUUUUGUAACGUUAUACUCCUGUGACGAUGUGUUUAUUUAUGUUGUUACUUCCUGACUUCCCGAAACAUCUGUUGGCGUCUGUAUUAUUGAGUUUGUUUGUUUGUGUGUUGACUUAUUCAAACUUUGUAGAAAAUGUACUGUGAAUCAAAAAAUUUAAACUUUGUAGAAAA